GGUCGGAAUCGGGCAUUCUUUCGGAAAGUAGAAUACAAGUCGAGCUCUUCGGUAAGUCUGCCUUGAGCUUGCCAGAUGUGCACUUCCCACAUGGAUAGGACUUUCCUGCUGCCACCUACAUAGACAUUCAAAACAAUGAAAGGGCAAGAACAACCUCACUUAGGUGAGCGUCACUUUGCCGUGUUCGACAUGAUCUCUUACCUCCAGUCUCCAAUCUCUUCACAGACCUUCAUUUCACUCUUUUGUCUGCUGUCAUCUGCCAUCGCACUACAACUUUUGGUGUUUUGGACUUGACUUUUGGCCUAAUGUUGAACGUCUUGGGAGUUCUUUGGUUUCUUCAUUUGAAGAUAAAUUCCGCCUUACUUGUUGGGAUUAUCGUUCUCGUCGCUUGCUAGAUCAUUUGGCCUCAAUCCUCGCCCAACAACACCACACACCGGCACGAUGCCAAACUCGGCAGCCCCUUAGAUGGGGGUAAGGAGGUUACUUGUCGUUGCAGGACUCUGUGCAUUCUAUGUCAUGCUCCACUUGUGCUUCGCCAAACGGCCUUUUGCCAACGACUCUACCAUUCCCGAACUGCAGUUACGCAGUAACAUCACACGGCCAUCUCUCGAACUCCGACCACGCAGUGACACAACUGAACCCACACCAACAUUGAAGCAUAGAGAUCUACUCAACGCAUACCUCCCAGCUGAAUUGGAAAGGCGUGGCCUUCUUGGACCCGGCGGCAUCCUGCCAGGCAAGGUCCUACCAAGUGUAUUGUCCAAGCUGAACCCUAACGUUGUUGGUGUUAUCACUUCACUGGCUGCUGCCCCGCUCGCAACCCUGGUUCCAGCUAUUCCAAACAUACCUUCUCUUCUCCCGACCGUUGCAGCAGACGGCGGAGCUGGUAUACCCCUUCUUCCUGACCUUGGAGGGGUAGCUUUGAAUCCCGCAGGUAUUUCUACCGUUGCAGAAGAUGCAAGCGACUGGAUAGCAGCUGGCGUUUCGGGCUUGCUCCGUGGAGCCACCAAACUCCUCCCAGCCAACCUCCCGCUGGCCACGGUUAUCAAUGAUGUCGUUUCUCAAGCGACCAAAGCCGCCGACCAAGUGUUGAGUCAGGUCCAGAGUGUUGCCGCUGAGGUUGCAACUCUUGCCGCUCAAGUUGAAUCUGAUGUCCUCAGCCCUGAUGGAGCUCUCGCCAACGCGGGAUCACUGCUGGAUAACCUUGAGGGGACAAUUGACAACAUCAUCAAUGAUGUCGUCGGAGAGGUCGCAGAUGUCGUCCCAGCUGAUUUACUAGACAAUGUCAAAUCAUUGGUUACUGUAGGUCUCAAUUCAAUUCUAGCUGCCAGUGGCGGCCCUGUGGCCAUGGUGGCAUCCAUCAUUGACCAAAACCUUUGCGAAGCUGUCAAGCUGGUCAAUGGUCUUCUCACUACCGUCACUGGAGUUUGUGGUGAUAUGGCUUCAAUCACAUCAUUCAGCCCUACAUAUAUAGAUUCAGCAACAUCCGCGGACACUGGACUGCCGCCACCCAGCCCGAUAGUCACAGGCAACAAACCUACCACUGCAUCUGCUGCUCAGCCCAUUAGCAUUCCAAUACUAACAAGCUCGGGCGCUAGUCAAACAGGUCAGUUCCCCAGUACUGGUGCUCAAGGCAGUGCUUCUGGAGGCACCAGCCCAACUAGGCCAGAGAAUGGCGCUUCGCAAACAAAUGCAGGAGCAAGCACUGGUGGCUCUAGUCCUGCAAAUGGCAACGGAAACCCACAAACCUCACCAGCGAGUGGAAGUGGUCCCUUCCAGACGGCACCCGGCUCAGGCUCAAUCCCUAAUGGAAGCGGACAAUCAGGAACUGAUGGAGGUGACGGCGCUUCACAAACAGCGUCUGGAGCUGGUUCAAACCCUAUUGGGAAUGGGCAGUCAACUACUCUUGCCAGUAGUGGUGAUUCUCAAACAGCACCAGGGCCAGGAGCUCCUUCAGGGAGCGGGCAAUCUGUGCCGAACGGUGGUAGUGGUGCUUCGCAGACUGCCCCGGCUGGUGGAACCAGCGCCGCAACAACUGAACUUGGCUCGGGUGCCAAUCCUUCUGGAAAUAGUCGGUCGGUGCCAAAUGGUGGCAAUGGCGCCUCUCAGACAGCACCAGCAGGAGGCAACGGUGGUAUCCCGGGUGCAACCGAAAUCACUUCUGGUGAGCCAGCUCCUCUCCCUCCUGAAGGCACCGGUCCAAAUGGAUCAUGGACAGGUGGUGGUAACAUGCCGACUCCAACAGGUCAGUCAAAUGGUGGUUCGAAUACCGGUUCUGGGCAAAUUUCAACGGGUGCUCCUGGCAAUGGUGGUGUUUCAGCUGUCACUGUAUCUGUCACGCUUACAUCAACUCUGACUAUUGGCAAUGGGGUGGCAUCGCCGCAAACAGUCUACUUGCCUGGCUCUACGACGACUGUAAUUACUACUGCUUCCGUUUAUAUACCAUGCCCGGCACAACCGCCUUGCCCUACCUGGCCUCCUUCCUCGGGCUCGUGGCCCGGGGCGCAAUCUGGCACAGGCCCCUGUCCUGGUUCAGGCUAUACUUGUGAUGAUUGUGUUGACGGUUGGUUCUGCCCGCCCCCCCAGACCCCUGCGCAAUCUGGUCCAAAUGGGUGCUUUGGCUGGCCUUGUGCUCAUUGCAGCGGUGGCUGGUUCUGUGUCCCUAGACAGAGUGCAGGCACCUGUACAAGCUCAGGAGGUAGUGGACAGGCUCCGAACCCAGGUGGCCUCAUGUCGCCUGUGUCUCCUGUCCAAACUACGGUUACUAUCGUUCCUCUUUUCUCAACUGGACAACUACCAAGCAAUACAAUUGCUCCUCAACCUGCAAAUGCACUACCCACCAUCAUGAAUCCUGCCAAUGGAUGGACGUACUCUGGCUGUUGGGGCGAUCAGCCUCGAUUUCCUGUUCUCGACUUCACACCCGAGACAAGUUUUGGACCGGUCGAGAAUGGGAAAUGUGUACGGCACUGUAUCGUCAAUGGCUACACGAUCGCAGCAACCUCAUUCGGCAAAAAAUGUUUCUGCGGCAUGUUUCUAAACGGAACCCAGAAACUUGGAGAUGCUGCCUGUAUGUCUCCUUGCACAGGUGAUACCUCACAAGCAUGUGGUAGUGACUGGUCUCUUCUAACUUACACCCCUGACGGGGUAGCACGUGGCUGGGCACCCAUCGGCGAGCAACCAAACCCAAACCCACGCCCAGCACCUACCAUCGUUGAACUUGUCUUUGGCGGCGUUGAGCAGAGCGUUGUCACACAGGAUGUCGUUGUGGGUCCCACUUCGGGGGCCAACAUAGCAUCAUUGAUCAGUCAAUUCGGUGAGCGGAGUGUUCAACCACAAGCAAGCCUUCCCAGCGGAGUUGGCCCCCAGAUUCAAUGUACAACAUCCCCUAGUGGACCCUACGGCGCAAGCAUGACGGCUCCUGGCAAGGGUUCAACAUCGCCAACCGACGCCAUUUCUAGUCCAACUUUGCCCAAUGGUAGCAACUCGAACACGUCACCAUCAUCUCCAAACGGCGUAGGUGGUGUCGGGCCAGGCCAACAGACUCCCACGAUGCCGGUUGGAGGAACUGUUUUCCCUAGCUUUCCCAGCGGCCAAGAUCCUGGGACGCCUGAUGGACAAUCCCCGACCGGACCAGGCAUUGGCCCCUCUCCGGCUGGUCCAAGCAUUGGAAAUCCAGGUACCACGCCUGGCGGCGUUGGUCCUCCAAAUCCUGGGACCAACGGAGGCAAUCCAAGCAUCACAGGCCCGAAUGUUGGGUCCACUACAGACAUACCGGGUGGUGGAAGCCCUGGCACUUUCCCAUCCUUUCCAAAUGGAGCAGGUGGCGUUGCUCCUGGUCAACAAGGCCCUACAUCACCAGAAAGCGUUGCUCCUCGCCCAAGUCUUCCUGGGGGCAACAACCCUAAUAUAACUCCUCCAGGCAGAAAUCCCAGCACCACUCCCGGAGGUGUAGGUCCCUUAAACCCGGGAAUCCCGGGCAAUCCGAGCAAUACAAUCCCUAAUGGAGGAACGAGUCCGAAUCUACCUGGAGGUAGCAUCCCAAAUAUCCAACCGACGUUUUCGAACGGAGGGAAUGGGAUCACUCCUGGUCAGCAGACUCAAACGUCGCCAGGAGGUAUUGGUCCCAGCCCAACUUUUCCUGGGGGCGGAAAUCCAAAUAAUCCUUUGUCGCCCAACAGUCCCGGUGGGCAAGGCGGAAGCACACCUCUAGGUGGAAACGGAGGCGGCGUAAAUCCCACUGGGGGACAGCUUCCAACCUGCAUACCUGGCUCACCGGGGAUCAACUGUAUCUCCGCGCCUCCAGGUGGGAAUGGAGGUAAUCCGACAAGUCCUGUCCCCAACGGAAGCGGUCCUGUCCCCAACGGAGGACAAAUACCCACAUGUACACCUGGUUCAUCAGGCCCUAACUGCAUCCAAGCACCGCCUCCUGGGGCCGGAAUCUCACCCACGCCGCCUGGCGUGCCACCUUUCCCAUCAUCAGGGGUUCCGGUAGGACCUGCUCCCUCACAGCCAUUCACUCAAGGGACAAUUUCACUUCCUGGUGUUGCAACACCCACGAGCCCUGGUAUUUCGGCUACUCUGUCAAGCUCCAGACAGGCUAGUUUAACAGCUCCUGGAAGACAGUCUUCUUCCAGUUCAAUUAGUGGCACUUCAACCGGCUCAGGUGGAGGCAACGGAAGCCAGACUUCGCCCAAUCCUGGAACGUUACCAACUGGUCCGGGUGGAAACAACCCGAAUGUGCCCGGCUCUCUUGUCCCAGGCGUAUCACCGACACCCACCAGUCCAGGAGGAACAAAUCCUCCAGGACCAAGCGAGGGGACAACUCCGGGCGCCUCAGUCCCAACACCUACGACUAGUCCGACUCUUUCUGGUGGUACGGGCCCAGGCACAACACCGUUACCUAUGACCGGCCCGAACGGUGGAGGGGACACUACAUCAGGCCCCAUUCAACCGGCCAACCCAGGUCCCAGCAGCUACGACUGGCCGCCUGGCAUUGUGCCGUACGGUGAUCAUCCACCUUUCACGACACUUGCCCAGAUGUUCAACUGGAAUGUCCCGGAUGGGUCAACAGGAACAACUACAGCACGGAAGAGGGUCAUUUCCGAAAUGGCUAACAGCACAGGAUGGAACUCUGCAUCCGAGCCAUCAACGACUACGGCAAAGAAUUCUUAUGGGAAGUGGAGAAGAUCGAGAAGAUGGCAUGAUAUUUUGUAAAAAUGAGGGCGUUUUCGGAGGUGGGCCGUGACUGACGCAUGGACAUUUUUACAUUGGUAACUUAUGGAUUGGGCGAUUUACAACACUGAGCCAGGACUCUAUCCCUAGUGCUUUUAGAUGUGAAGUUAUGGUUGACUUAUGGGAUACUUACACAUAUCAGGUUCUUGCUAGGGGAUUUUAAUUGGUGAUAUACUUACAUCGUGUUUGCAGGAACUUAAAACAUUUAGAUCAGGAGCAAUGAAAAGUAUGUGCG